UAAACAGUAGAAGAGGAAGGUAGCAGCUAAUGUGAUAGCAUGCCCCGUUUAUUAAGGAAUUAGCGACGGUUAAAGCUUAUCGGUUUGAAAUGUUGCAUUAUGUUCUGUAACAUUGUUAGCUAUUAGUAUAUAUAUUUAUCAGCUAACAUACCUGUAGACAUGGACGCUCUGGUCGGAUACAGCGGGUCGUCGGAGUCAGACAGCGAUGGGGAGUCAUUUGAGACUGACCGUGGAGGCGCCAAGACUGAUGUGAUUGAUGGGGCAGCACCUCACAUAAAGACGCGGAACUUUUUGCUGGAGUCUGCUUCUAGUGAGUCUGAUCAGUCAGAACAUGAAGGUACACAACAGCCGCCAUCCAAACAAGAUCCAUCUACAAAGCAACCCAGGCCUGCUUCCACGACCAUCACUUAUAAAUUGCCCCCACCUAGACUACAAGACUGCACAGAAAGCAGCGUGUUCGCCAAUCCCUUCAAGGCUCAGGCAGAACAGAAGCUCAGUGCCUUACAGAAACAUGUCCCCCUCACAAUGCAGGCCAAGCCUUCACAGAUAGGAGGAAAGAGGAUAUGUGCCUCUUACAGGAAAGAUGGGAGAUGCAGAUUUGGGAUCAAGUGUAAGUUUGCACAUGAUAGUGACCUUCAGACUGGAGUUAUUCCCAAUGACUACCCUCCCACGGUGCCGAGUGAUGGGUCUCAGGUUGGAUCACAGGCAAGCAGCUCCCACAACCCUCCGAAAGAGGCCGAGCAGGAAGGGUCGGAAGGGCGGCGAGUGAAGAAGAGGAGGGUUGGAGUGAGUGACACGUUGAUCCCUCCGAAACAAGCCAUGAAGCAGUACAACAUGCUGAGGGGCAAAGAAAAGCUCAAUAUGUACUGAUGUUUUGUCACCAAUAAAUACUAAUGUGUUAACACAUUUAUUUACAGCUCAUAAAUGAAAAGUUCUGCUCUAGCAUUCUGAAUCACACUGCUGUUCCUUCUGAAACACCGAACUGCAAAAAAUACAUAUACAGGUUAACUAUUACUAACACCCACCAUCUGUUUCUCUAU